UUAUGUUUACACAUAUUUCUAUACUGAAUACGAAUAUAUGGAAUUAUUCAUUAUUUAAUAUGUCUUUAAAACACAAACUUAUGUUAUUUUUUGGAAUAACCAGCACGACAUUGUUUAUUAGAGUUUACUUUGAAUUUCAUGAAAUAAGUUUUAAUCCAGUGGUAUCUAAGAAUAUACAAUACCAUUCUAAAGCUUCAGUUGGUUAUAAUGAUGAUAAACCCUUAUAUAAUAUACAACGUUUUAGAAACUCAACUUUUAAUAAAUUUCCUAAAGAUUUGUGUAAAGAAAAUGUCACACUUCUUGUGUUUAUUGUCUCUGCCUCACAAAACAUCUUAGCUCGUGAAGCAAUAAGAAAUACAUGGGGCACAGCAUGUUUAAAUUUGCAAACAGAUGCCCAAUGCGUAUUUGUCGUUGGACGAAGUCGAAACGAAACACUUAAUCGCUACAUUUGGGUAGAAUCUGAUGUCAAUAGAGAUAUUCUGAUUGUGUCGUCUGAUGAUGUGUAUUCGAAUUUAACCUACAAAACAAUGCUUGCCUUACAAUGGAGUAUUAUGAAUUGUAAUGGAAAAAUAAAGUUUCUGAUGAAAACGGACGACGAUAUGUUUGUUAGUGUUACCAGCCUGACUAAAUACUUAAACAAUGCACCAAAACAAAAACUUUUUAUAGGGAAAUGCUGGGGCCCAGCUAAGCCAAAUCGAAAUAAGAGUUCUAAAUGGUACGUUACUUGGAAACAGUACAAUCACACACACUAUCCCGUAUUUUGCAGCGGGACUGGAUAUAUUUUGUCUUACGAGGCGGCACUAUCUGUCGUUCAAAUAUCAAGCAAAGUUCCGUUUUUGUAUUUAGAAGACGUUUAUGUUGCCAUUUGCGCUCAAAGGCAAGGAAUAACUCCAAAGAACGUGGCAGGGUUUUAUAACUCAAAAGAAGUUCUAAAUUCAUGCAAAGAUGUCCACAGGGUAUUCACGUCACAUGGACUAUCAGCAUCAGAAAUGUAUGAUGUAUGGAAGAAACUGAAAAAUUGUAGUUCUACAGAUAUAGGCGAAUGAAAAUCACAAACCUGAAUUUAGUAAACGCUCUAGCAUGUAUAUUAUCCUGAUGCAUGAUAUAAUAUGAAUAAUCAAGCAAAAAAAACAACCAUAAGUCUUACAUUUUUGAAAAAGCAUAUUUAUUACGUGAACACACUUCUUGUUUGACAAAAUAAAUGGUGAGAAAUUGGUCAAAACAUACCGUGUCAUAACGAAAAGGUUCCGGGAGAUAUCAGUUAUACCGAGAAUUAUCGAUUUGGCUGGAUCAUUCACCAAUCUGGUUGAGCGAGUAAGUGGAGUUUUGCUAAUAACACUACAGAGGUAUGCACAGAAAUUGUGAUGAUAGGCGAAUCAUUUAAGUGUGCGGGUAAUGUAGGUGUUAUAUUUCUCUGUGUUUAUGCUAGCAAUUAAGAUAAUGUGUGCCUUCUCUGUUGUGUUUUCGAGAUAGUUGUAUUUUAUUUUAAUUUCGAAUAUUUGAAUAUGAUGUUUAUUCUGUCAGAUAUUGAAAAUUGCAAUUUCCUUUAACAUGAUGGGUAUACAAAAGGCACGUUGACAAUUUGAAUGGUUUCGGAAAAUAGUUCGAAGGGAAAAUGUGCAGUUUGGAUGAAUACUGACGUGAAAAACUAAGAAUGGCUAUAGCACGGUCACAGAAAUGCCUUAGUUUGGGAGCAGUUUUAGUAUAUUUGCAGAAAAUAUCGCCAUUUGUUCUAUGGUCAAUAUUAAAUUUAAUAGUAGAGGUCCUUAUAUCUAAUUCUGUGCAAUUAUAUUAUGUAAAGAUUGAUCAAUCUCAGAUUGUAAAACUAUAAUUGUUAGCCAAUAUUAGCAUUUCAAUCAAAUUGCCAUAUACAAGUAUUCUUAUAUGAAAGGCUAGUGUGGAAUUAGUAUGCACUAUAUAAAUUUGAAACAUUCGUUGUACAUUGUUUAGUCUUGAUGUUAUAAUACUUGUGUAGUUAUUGAAAAAAAAAUCAUUAUUAGCAUUUACAAUGUAUGUUAAUAGGUUCAAACUCAUUUCAUUUUUGGUAAAAAAAUCAUAGCAAUGUUGUUUAUCUUGUCUCUAAAGCUGUAUGACUAAUAGAUGUGUAUCUGUACAUGUUGUACGUUUAUAAAACUAAGUAUACGAACACUACUUGUAAAUGUAUUCAAAUUCUUACUUGAAUAGUUAUUAGAACCUUCUACAAUAUGCAUCUAUGUAUCGACUCAUGUUCUUUAAAAUACAUGCAUAGUAAGCCAUUUAAGAUAUCAUUUUAUUUACAAUGAAAUAAUAAUUUGUGACAAUUCUUCUCACUAUCUCAGUUUCGAUUUAAAUUUUGGUCUGUUGGUUUGUUUGUUCUCUCGAAAGCAGGUUUUCCUAUUCAUGUUAAGCAUAUGUUUUUUU